UACUCUUAAGAAACACCGAAAAAUGAAGUAUCGGUAGAUGACUCUCACUAAAAGAUCUUCUCAAAAAAUGGUUUAAACCGUUUGAACGUUCAAGCAGAAGCUCAAGUUCCGCUUCCGCUGCUUCCGCUUAUGUGACUGAAGAAUUUGUCAUAGUCGUGCCGACGGGAAGGGAGGUGAGGUUAAGUCGUCGUAGAUCAAACCAAACAAAUACAGCAAUUAUUUCUAAAUAGUGAUGGAAUCGGAAGACGAAGCUGCUGUAGACUCACCGGAUGACUCCACUCACGGGCACGAUAGUGAAAAGACGUGCCAUACAUCAAAACAAGACGCUAGAUUUCGACACAAAAGUGACGUUUACAUCGCAGAAGGAGUGUACACAGACUGUGAGAAUAUAUUAAAGCAGUUUCUUGCCAAGCAAACAAGUACAUUUGAGGACUUUGCUACUAUAUGGCAAGAAAAGAAAUUUUCGUUAAUAUACAGUGGCAGAGAUUCGUAUUCUGAGUUGUUGGAGUUCUCUGAGGAAGCGUUAACUAUUGCGAAGUCCUUCAUAUUACCUCCACACAGUCAGAUAAAAAGAAUAGGUGCCUUGUAUUUGAUGUAUGGAUUGUAUACACAACAGCCCUAUCAAGAUAUUGCUAAGUUCCGAGUAACACCCCAAGAAUGGAGUGUCAUUUUAAAGUUUGUAGAAAGUCUAAAGGCUCAUGGAUUCAUUGAUGCAAACUACAUAUUUCAUAAAAUGUGUUUGGAUGGAGCCUUCAUGACGGUAGCUUUUACAAGAGAGUAUGGUUUAGAAAGAAAUUAUCGGAAGUACCUGACAACUUGGCAAGCUCGUGAUAAGGAGCUAGAACCAGGUGUAACAUUUUCUCUAGAAAAUUUAAUGGGUCGAGUUUACAGAGGGAGUUUAAAAUCAGCUGCAGAUAAACUCCGCACCAAAUACAACAAUAUUAAAAAAAUACUUGCAGAUAAACAAGACACAAAAUUUCAAAGUCUGAAUGGAACAGAAAAGGAGUUAGAACAGGUAAUGGUAGAUAACAUUUUGUGCACAACAGAUGGUUUCAGUCAAGACCUUGGUGAAGCCAAAAAGUUUUCAGAUCUUGGAGGUGGACGAAGAAGUAUUAUCAACAAGGCAUUUAGUCUUAAGAGUAAACAAAGGGGUUCUCAUCGUACUCUUCUUGACACUCUAGACGCAUCUGAACCCUCAACAUCACAAGCUAAUUCUGAAAAAACUGCCAACUCCACAGAUUUGAAUGUAGAACUUGAGUCAGACUCUGAGGGUUUUGAUCUUGAACAUAUUUUGCAUCCACCUUCUUUGAGAAAUAGUAAGAAGCUAAAGUCAAGGACAUUAAGUCAAGGGAAAUCACAAGACCAAGAAAAACUUCCAUCAACCGGCCACAAAAGGAAAGGGCCCCGCAGUUAUGACUUUGCCUAUGAGGAAGUUACAGGGAUGAAAACUAAAUACCACCGCAGAUCAACAGUCUCUUCCUCUGAAGUCGUGAAAGAAAUUGAUUCCUGCCAAAGUGCGGAGUCGGUUUUAACUAUAAAACUUGAUGAUGUUGCACCUCCACCAGGAAUGCCGGAGAGUGCUGAAAUAGCAAAAUUUAAGUCUCCUACAUCUGUUAAAGGCAGAAGAAAGGGAAAACAAAAUAGUUCUGUGACUGUCCAACCGUCUGAUAAAGGUGAUGAAUGCAGCACAGUUGCAGGCACCUUGCCGUCUCUGUCUGCCAUUUCUACUCCAGUUAAAAUAAAAAACAAAGGCAUUGAAAAAUUGAGUACCGAAAAAGAUCUGAUUAAUAAUAAAGCUGAAUCUAGCAGCACAGUGAAGAACUCUCACUCUUCUGUUGAUGACAUCUCUACGCCCCCUCAAACCAAAAAGAGAGGAGGAAAGAAAGCUCAAGUCAAAAAUGAUCUGACCUCUACUAUGUCGCCAAAAAAGUCUUGCCUUAAAGUAGAGGUCCCUGGAAACAAGGGUAAAAAAUCUACAAGGAGGAGUAAAAGUGCACUUGAUAUCACUGAAUCUUGCUCUACUUCAGAAACCCCUGAAGUCAGCCCAACAAAAUCUACAAGAAGAUCAGCAAAGUCAUGUGCACUUAAUAUCAAUGAUUCUUGCUCUAGUCCAGAAAUCCCUGAAGUCACCCCAACAAAAUCUACAAGAAGAUCAGCAAAGUCAAGUGCAUCUAAUAUCAAUGUUCCUUGCCCUAGUUCAGAAACCCUGUAGGAAAGCCAAAAAAGUCUGCAAGAAUAUCAACCAAGUCCAGUGCAAUAAGCACCAGUGCAUCUGAUAGUCAAGCUCACCCCAAACUACAGCCUUCACCUCAAAAUGAUGUUCAAGAGAAAGCUGAAAUGAAAACUGAGGUCGAAGCUGAAAAUACUUAGACAACCAUAUUUUUGUGGUGGUGUUUCUUAUUGAUAACAGCUGCAAUAUGUCUAAUUAUAGUUUUUGUAUUUGUCCGUACUUUAAGCUUUGUUAAAUUUAGUUUUGUAAAAUAAAAUUGUUUAGGAAUGCAGAAAGUAUUUCAUUUUUUAAUAAAGAACAAUGCAACUUCA